AUGGAAGAUGUUUGCCAGCCAGCUGUUACAUCGUUAGCUCCGGCAUCCGAGAAAUUUGAAUACUCAUCGGGUAUCGACGAGUACACCCGCCUAUCCGCUCAAAUCUCUCAACCCGACACCAUGGCCAGUACCUGCCUUCAUCAAUUCGUCACGGCACCCAUCAAAAAUUUUCUUCAACUGCAACGGAUCAAAGAGAUAAAAUGGAUGAAUCCAAGAGCAUGUACGAACGAGGCGUAUAUUCCCACAACUAUAGAGCACAUGGCAAAUGUGAUGACUCAUGGAGUAUGGGUUGUUCCUUCGGUAGUAGGCGGUAUCGAGCUCGUACGCCGUUCAACAACAUGGGCACAGCUCGUUUCCGCUUGUGUAUACGGCACUUCCUUGAUUCUGGUCUUCGCAGUGUCAACUUUCUUCCAUAGCGUACAUUACUGCAAUCAAAACAGGCAACUGAAGGACGCGUUACAUCGCUGUGAUCGCGCUAUGAUUUACAUCUUCAUAGCCGCCAGUUACUUCCCAUGGUUGAACGUGGAUCACUUCUCGGACGACGAGCUUCUAUUCGCGAUGCGAUACGUUGUUUGGAUCAUGGCUAUAAUGGGCAUCGUCUACCAGCAGAUCUUCCACGAGAAAUACAAGAUGCUUGAGACUUUUUUCUACGUAGUUAUGGGUAUCGGACCUAGCGUUGCGAUCCUCAAUGUUUAUAACUAUUACAAUAUCACGGAAUUGAAACUGGGCGGACUGAUAUACGUUAUGGGUAUAGUGUUUUUCAAAUCGGACGGUCGAAUACCCUUCGCGCACGCGAUCUGGCAUCUCUUCGUGGCCGCAGCUGCCGGAUUCCACUACUAUGCGAUUCUAAGCCAUGUAUUUCCUGAGACAGACUCGACGAAUCUUCUUGGACCAUCUGGCAGUAUGCCAUCGAUGUCUAACAUACUGAAAUCACAUCUAGAGUUAUAGGGUGUUGUAUACUAUUUUCUACAACUUUCUUCCAAAAAAAAAAAAAAAAAA